AUGACGGCCAUCGUCAAGUACACGCCGAUCUAUGGAUCAAAGACGGAGGGUCCCUUCUGUUCGCUGCUCGAAAUCGACGAGUACCGAAUUCUGCUCGAUUGCGGCUGGGACGACAAAUUCGACAUCGAGGCUCUCGAGAAUGUGAAGGCCUACAUCCCCAAGAUUGACGCCGUGCUGCUGUCCCACCCUGAUCUUCUGCAUCUGAAGGAUGAGGACUUUGACGUGUGGAACCUGGACGACGUCGAUGCCGCCUUCAACGAGGAGCGCUUCGAGCAGCUCAAGUACUCGCAGCAUGUGCGCCUGACCGGCCGUGGUGCCGGCAUCGAACUCACCCCGUAUGUCGGUGGCCACAUGAUCGGUGGCACGGUGUGGAAGAUCACGAAGGAGACCGAGGAGAUCCUGUACGCCGUCGACUACAACCACAAGAAGGAGCGCCACCUCAACCCGACGGUGCUCGAGACGCUCAACCGGCCCACGCUGCUCAUCACCGACGCGUUCAAUGGGCUCUCCACGCAGAGCUCACGUCGCUCCCGCGAUAUGGACCUACUCGACACCACGAUGAAGACCCUUAAGGGCGACGGUAAUGUUCUGCUCCCAACCGACACGGCCGGCCGAGUGCUGGAACUGCUUCUCACCUUUGACCAGCACUGGGCGUACUAUCGCUUGAGCCAGUACGGCCUCGUGCUGCUGGAGAAGCAGGCCUACAACACGAUCGAAUUUGCUAAGAGUCAGCUCGAGUGGAUGUCCACCGCCGUGCAGAAGAGCUUCGAUCUCGAUCGUGUCAACCCCUUUGAAUUCAAAUUCGUGCGAUUGUGCCACAGCGUGGAGGAAUUGGAAGCGCUUCCGAAACCUCUGGUCGUGCUGGCCACCACCGCCUCCCUGGAAUGGGGAUUCGCGCGCGAUCUGUUUGUCGAGUGGUCGUCCAACCCACGACACGCGGUGAUAUUCACUGACCGACCGCAGCCCGGCACGCUGGGCCAUCUGGUCCUCACCCAACAACCGCCGGCGCUCGGGCUCGAGUUGCAUCGGCGAGUGCCACUGGAGGGAGCGGAGCUGCGCGAAUGGAGGCAAAAGCAGCAGGAGGAGAAGGCGCGAAAACUGCUCGAGGAACAGCAGAAGGUCCACGGGGACUUAUGCGGCGCGUCGCUCAAACACCUGCAGGAGGAGGAGAAGCGAAAGAACGAAGCAGAGGAGAUCGACGAAGAGGAAGACGACGUGUCCCUCCUGUUCCACACAACCGCCCAUUCCUUCAAUCCCUUCAAGGAGAACUGCGACUGGUUUGCGCCCAAGAAUAGUGGCAACUACUACGAGCCACAAGUGUGCCCGCUUUUCCCGCACGAGGACGUGAGGCAGAAGUUCGACGACUACGGACAGAUGAUCGACCUGCAGCACUUCCUUCAUCCACCAAGCCAGCGCGAUUUCCCUCUGACGGCCGACUCGCUGAACGCCCGCGGCGAAGGAGGUGACAAGAUGGAAACCGAGGGCGGCGAGGGACAAGCGGCGGCGGAGGAGGAGGCUGUACCGACCAAGUGCAUAACGGUGGAGAGGAAGGUGGAGGUCAAGUGCACGAUCAAGUACAUCGAUUUUGAGGGCCGGUCUGACGGGCGCUCCAUCAAGACCAUCCUGGCCCACGUCGCCCCGCGAAAGAUGGUGCUGUUCCACGUGGAGCACUUGAAGGAGUACUGCGCCGACACGCGAACAGUGUGCAACAGCGUCUACACGCCGGACGACAACGAGACCUUGGAUCUCACCUCCGACACCAACAUCUACCGAGUCAAGGUCAAGGAGGCGCUCCUCAAGUCGCUGGAGGAGGAGUUCAUGAAGGUGGGUGACCGAGAGGUGGCCUACGUCAACGGCGUGCUCAACCCCACAGGCUUUGCGCCGCGCCGCGGUGAGGGCAUGGAGCUCGAGCUCGAGCAGGCCCCCGAGGAGAUCAUCCCGCCCCACGACCCGGUCUUCGUGGGCGAAGUGCGCCUCUCCGACUUCAAGGACAUCCUCACACAGCACGGCUUCCGGACUGAAUUCGCGGCUGGUGUGUUGAUUUGCAACGGUGUGGUCAUGCUCAAGAAGGAAACGGAAGGGCUCAGCGGGAGGAGCAAGAUCAGCGUGAACGGUGAGGGCAUGGAGCUCGAGCUCGAGCAGGCCCCCGAGGAGAUCAUCCCGCCCCACGACCCGGUCUUUGUGGGCGAAGUGCGCCUCUCCGACUUCAAGGACAUUCUCACACAGCACGGCUUCCGGACUGAAUUCGCGGCUGGUGUGUUGAUUUGCAACGGUGUGGUCAUGCUCAAGAAGGAAACGGAAGGGCUCAGCGGGAGGAGCAAGAUCAGCGUGAACGGUGCUCUGUGCGACGACUACUUUGCGGUGCGCGACCUGCUCUACUCCCAGUUCCACAUCCUCUGA